AGCCGUUGUCGGCUCAACCGGUCGCGUACUCGCCCAUUGAAGCUCCACGCUGGCCCCCCCGGUAGGGUGCGGUCAUGCUCCGGCUCCUCUCGCUCCUCGGCGCCAUCCUCCGCGACCGCGGGCGCCACCCGCAUCCUCAGCCGGCCGGCCGUGGCCCCGCUCGCGGCUUCUGGGCGCGAAGGCGCCUUGGGCUUGGUGCGCGCGCUGGAGUUCAAGCACCGCCUCCGUGUCUGCAACGCCUACCCCCUCGCGGCGCCCCUGGAUAUCCUGCGCGGGGAGCAUGAGAGGCUGACGGAGAAGGAGGGCCCCAUGCGCUUCGAGACGUGCCGGGACUUCAGCGCCUCGCUCCAGGUGGGUGACAAGCUGGAGUUCAAGAUCGGAGACACCACCACGGGCACUUUCGCCGUGUCCGACCUCCCGUCCAGUGACGCCGUGCUGCUGCUGGUGGUGCACAGGCACGACCAGCUCAGCACCGCCGUGUCUUUCGAGUCUCACGUGUUCUCAGACAUGGAGAGCUCGCAGGUGGCCGUCAUCGACACGUACAGGGGCAGUGCGAAGGGCAAGCCCGUGAUCACCGACACGCCGCCAGCGGCGGUCAAGGGACACUCGCCGACGGCGGCGCGCAGGGAGGAACUCCGUUACAGCAGCGUCGUGGCUGUGAGCCCGGGCCAGUACCAGGUCGAGCUGGACGGACCCGACGGCAGCCGGAACGCGUCGAAGCCGCUGGUGGCCCUGCCGCACGAGAGUUACGUGCUGCUCCGCACCGGCAUCGAGGCGGAGUCCGGGCAGUCGUACCCGGAGGACCUGGUCGUCUUCCCAAUGUCCGAGGCGAAGGUGGUCCACAGCGGCGCGGCGGCGGCCCAGGAGGCGUCUGCGAUCGCCCUGCUCGUCGCCGUGGCGGCGCUCCUUUGAGCCGUGCCUGGGCGCCGCGCGGACGGGGCCCGGCAGCGAGUAUGGGCGCACCGUGCCGCUCGGCGCGCGCGCGGGACCCCUUGUCGUCGUUGUCGUUGUCGUCGUCGUCGUCGUCGUCGUCGUCGUCGUCGUCGUCGU